AUGAUAGUCCUUCGUUUCACAUUUUUUAAGGUUAAGGAUCCAAUCAUGACAUUCAACAAAAUCUCCCUCACCAACUUGGUUAACCAGCCAGGGUCCAACAUCUCAAUGAUUGCUGACAUCUCAUUCGAUAACUUGAACCGGGCUACCUUUAGGUUCAGUAACACCACAACAAGCAUCUACUGCAAGGGGAUCAUGGUGGGUGAGGCUCAUGGACCACCCGGCCGAGCCCGGGGCCGGCAUACCUUGAGGAUGAACAUAACUGUGGAAAUCAUUACAGAACGGAUGUUUAAGGCUUCGAGCAUAGUUAGUGAUCUGAGUUCUGGCCUGCUUAUUACGGAUACCUACAGCAGAGUUCCUGGAAGAAUAAAAGUGUUGGUCAUUGACUUUAAAAAUGUUGUUGUAGAGAUGAAUUGUACAGUUAGUUUUAAUACUUCUAGCCAAGAAAUUCAGGGUCAAAAAUGUAUUACCUCCAUUAAAAUUUAG